GGGGGUAGAGAGAAGGAGACACAGAAUCCAAAGCAGGCUCCAGGCUCUGAGCUGUCAGCACAGAGCCCAACUCGGGGCUCAAACUCACUUAAUCGUGAGAUCAUGACCUGCACUGAAGUUGGAGGCUUAACCGAUUGAGCCACCCAGGUGCCUCCGUUACCAUAAUUUUAAAAGAGUAUUGUAAAUAUUGUGAGAUUCUGCUCUAGCUAUAAUGGAAUAUGACAACAUGUGUGAUUUUAUUUUUUAUUUUUAGAGAGAGAGUGAGCAGAAGAGAAGGCAGAGGGAGAGAAUCCUAAGCAGGCUUCACAUUUACUAUGGAGCCUGAUGCAGGGCUCAAUCCCACAACCCUGGGAUCAUGACCUGAGCUGAAACGAAUGGAUGCUCAACCCCACGUGUGUGAUUUUAAUAGAUUUAAAGGUCACAGGAACUGCUGACGCUGUUUUGGUUUUCUAUAUUCACAAUUGGAAAAGAUGCUAAAUUUCAGCUAGGGAGUAGUGAAAAUAAAAAGGUAUUUUUUCCCAUCCAGGUUUACAGGCUUCUUGAAUUCUGGGUAACCCCCGAUCGAGAACUGGAAUAGGAGGCUAGGUAGAGUUGCAGGGAGCGGGGAGAAGGGGAGAGGGUAUUCCGGGUAGCUGGUUAACAUGAACAGAGAGACCUGAAGUAGGAGGGGUAGGAGGCUGAGCAGAUGGGGAAGCUGACCUGCUGGAGUGGGGCCCUGAAGUCUGGAGUGAGGCUCAUGGGCCUAAUUUGGUCAUUCAGAUUCUGGGAGAUAAGUUUCCGUGCACUUUGGUGGCACAGAAGAUUGACCGUGCAGGGGCCCGUACUGGUGGAGGACACCUGUCUGUGCUUCAACGCCCUUGGGGGCCUCCCUGGCCCCUACAUAAAGUGGUUUCUGGAGAAGUUAAAGCCUGAAGGUCUCCACCAGCUCUUGGCUGGGUUUGAGGACAAGUCAGCCUAUGCGCUCUGCACGUUUGCACUCAGCACUGGGGACCCCAGCGAGCCAGUGCGCCUGUUCAGGGGCCGGACCUCGGGCCGGAUUGUGGUGCCCCGAGGCUGCCGGGACUUCGGCUGGGAUCCUUGUUUUCAGCCUGAUGGAUACGAGCAGACGUACGCAGAGAUGCCCAAAGCUGAGAAGAACACCAUCUCCCAUCGCUUCCGGGCCCUGCUUGAGCUGCAGAAAUACUUUGGCAGCCUGAGUCCUCCGGUAGCCGGUGACAGUCGCCCUGGCGGGGGAUCUGGGGAAGGCUAGCCCGAACCUCCCCCAUCAGGCACCCCUCCAAGUACUUCCUUCAGGGUUCCCACUUGCUAGGGGUGUUCAGACCACCUCACCAGCCCUGCUUGGAGGAGCAGCUGGCUCUGCUUGGAGAAACUUUGGGCAGGGACACCAUUUUCUUGCCCUCGGGGAUUCAGUGGUCCCUCCUGCAGCCCCUGACUUAGGAUCCUAAAAGGACCUUGGAUGUUAUCCUGGCCACAUCAGGAUGGAGGUUUUGGGAAGAACCACACAAAUAGCCCUAGAUGUGUAAAAAAUGCAACAAGUAAGUGUACUGGAAGACACUUGUCUCCAAAAUAAACGAUACGUCCAUUUUGAAACCUG